AUGGCUCCGGCUGGAAACAAAGAAAUGUCACAUGCCGUUUGGUGCCCCGACUCAGUUUGUCUACGAUUGGGGGGCAAUUACAAAGGAACGACUUGGCAACCUUGCUCAACCGGGGGACAGUGGAAUGGCAUCAUUGGGAAACUCAUCAACACCCAUGACACUACCUCCAAGACCUGUACCUCCCUGGCUCCACUGUUUCCUAUCCAAGGCAUGCUGACAAAGGUUUUCAUCCCCAAGUACUGCAAACAGGGUAAGGGCAAGUCCCUCCUCCAAUUCCUGCAUGCGAUUCAGUGCACACCAGCGGUCAAGAAACCUCCAAGUGAUAAGCCUGAACAACCAGCCAAACAGGAUGCGAACUCUCCAGAUGCUCCCUUGCUGCCACCUGCCGGUGCUCCAGCGUCUCAGGAACCGACACCAACCAACCAGAGAGUGACUGCUCCUCCAACCACAGUCCAGCCAACGCUCCUCACUCCAUCCACCAAGCGGUCUAGUCGCAAGGAGUCCAAGAAAAGUCAGUCCAAGAAACCUAUUGAGAAGCCUACGGAGACUUCCCCCACACCUCCCAAACCGCCUUCACCUGAAUCAACCUCUCCUACCCCACAGUCGGCAACCAACCCUCCUACCAAGUCUUCCGCUCGGGCAAAACUUUCUGCAUCUGAACAGGCCACCAUCACUGAAGCUUUCAAUAGAAGUGCAUGGCUUGCAGCAAUGGAUGCUGAACUGAACCAGGGCCCAGCCGGUCUCUUCCAAUUGAUCCUACCAGGCCCGAUUGAUGGCUUCUACGUGUUUGUGGUGCGCCAAAAGUUUGCCUCAUUGGCACAGGAGGUUCUCAAGAAAACCUGGCUGCCUUCCUUAUCUUGCACCUUGAGCUAUGGCAGGACCUAUAGAAAAAAGAAAACGAUAAACGAAAAGCACCAAAUCGAUCAGAACUUUGCAAACGGUCUUUGUAGCCUAAGUACUAGAGUCUACAUAGAAAUUGCUGAAGUUUUUAUCAAUUCAACGGCAUUUCACUGUUUUACAAUGGGGAAGUAUACAUCAUUGAAGGUUGUUUCAACGACUGCCAACAAGGCGGGCGGGUCCACAUUCAAAUCGGUUUCUGUCGCCAAAAAGAGCCGAAAGAAAAGAUUGGAAAAUCCAUCUGCAGUUGAUUUACGUCAACCUAAGGACUGUUGGGAUAUGACGAAAUAUGAGUUUUUACGUUCCAAAUACAAAGUUUUUGACACGUACGAUCGGACUUUGAUCGUGAUGUUGGGAUUCGACGCAAAUCUGCCGGACAAUCUAUAUCCACACGAAAAGGGAAAGACCCUAUACAAGUGGAAUAUUGAUGUUGUGUACAAUAUUAACGGUCCGUCCGCCGCUCAAGAAGCCCAUUUCAUACUAUUUUGGCGGGAGACCCAUCUUCUAAAAUCACACAUAGACCUAAAAUAA